AUGGUGGAGAAUAUGGAGGGGCAAUUAUUCUUUGGUAAUCAUGUGGCUAGUCAGUUUGUUGAGCACUUUAAAGAUGUACUUGGCACUAGUAAAGCUGUUGAUAGUAUUAGGGAACCUGUUUCUCUUUUUGUUAAAAAAGUUCCAAGUUCUGAGGCUGAUUAUAUGUGUAGGGAUGUUUCUGAGUUGAAAGGUGUGCUUGAUAUGAUUGUGGAUGAGAAUCAGUUUGCCUUCAUUCCUGGAAGGCAGAUUAGUGAUAAUAUUCUCCUUACCCAAGAGUUGAUGCUUAAUUAUCAUAGAAAAAGGGGGGUUCCAAAAUGUGCUUUUAAAAUUGACAUUCAGAAAGCUUAUGAUUCAGUUGAAUGGAGAUUUUUGGAGAAGUGUUUGAGGUCUUUUGGUUUUUAUGAGUGCAUGAUUGCCUGGAUUAUGAGAUGUGUGACUACACCUGCCUAUACUAUAGCUGUGAAUGGUGAGCAUAAUGGUUUCUUUCAUGGAAGGAGAGGAUUAAGACAAGGGGACCCUUUAUCCCCUUAUCUCUUUACUGUGGUGAUGGAGGUCUUAUCAUUGAUGAUAAAGAGGCAAAUUAAGGAACAGAAGGAUUUCCAGUAUCACUGGAAGUGUGAAAAAACUAAACUAACUCACUUAUGUUUUGCAGAUGACCUCAUCCUUUUUUGUCAUGGUGAUCAGCAUUCUGUAAGUAUCUUAAAGGAUGCUUUGGAAGAGUUUAGUGGUGUUUCUGGUUUGGUUGCAAGUAUGGAAAAGAGUGAAAGCUUUUUUGGCAAUGUAAAGAUUGAGGUCAGAAACCAAAUAUCUGAAAUGUUGCCUUUUAAAGUUGCUGAAUUGCCAGUUAGAUAUUUAGGUGUACCUUUAAUAUCUACUAGGUUGUAUAAAAAGAAAUGUUUGCCUCUAAUUGAUAAAGUUAAGAAGAAACUGUUGGACUGGAAAAAUAGGUCUUUGUCCUUUGCAGGGAAACUGCAAUUGAUAAAAUCUGUCCUUAGUUCCCUCCAAGUCUAUUGGUCAUCUGUUUUUAUUCUACCAAAGGGAGUGACUGAUGAUAUUGAGGGUCUAUUUAGGAGCUUUUUGUGGUCCCAUGGUGAAUUAAAAAGAGGUAAGGCUAAGGUUAAGUGGUCUAAUGUUUGUAUGCCAAAGGCUCAAGGUGGGUUGGGGAUUAAAUCUCUUGUCACUUGGAAUAAUGCUUUAAUGGCAAAACAUGCUUGGAAUAUUGUUACAAAUAAAAGAUCAUUUUGGGUGAAUUGGAUUGCUGAUGAAAGACUCAAGGGAAGAAAUUUUUGGGAAAUGCAUGCUUUCAGUAAUACUGCUUGGGGGUGGAGGAAGAUCAUGAAAAAUAGAGAAAUUCUUAGAAGUCAUAUUGUGUACAAGUUGGGUAAUGGGUUGAACACCUCUGCCAUUUUUGAUAAUUGGCACCCUGCAGGCCCUCUUAGUUCCUUCAUUUCCUAUAGGGAUGCUUAUGAUGCAGGGUUGCCAAUUAAUGCAACUGUUGCUGAUGUUGUUAAAGACAAUGAGUGGUGUUGGCCUAGAGAAUUAAGUGAUAAGUAUCCUGUUCUUCUUGAAGCUGCUCCUCCUGAGUUAUCUUUUAAUAGGAUGGAUAGAAUUUUAUGGAAAAAGAGAACUGGCAGAUGUGUUCCAUUUUCUGUGCAAGAUGUGUUUCAUUCUUUGAGUGAAGAUGCUGAUGUGGUUAAGUGGGCUAGGCUGGUGUGGUUCUCUCAAAAUAUUCCUAGACAUGCAUUCAUUUUGUGGCUGGCUUUGAAAAGAAAGUUAAAAACACAGGAUAAAUUUCUGGGUGUGGAAGGCAUUAAUCUGGUAUGCAUUUUUUGUAGUCAGCAAUGUGAUAGUCAUAAUCACUUGUUUUUUUAUUGUGUUUACCCUAGAGAGGUGUGGAAUGAGAUGAAACUAAUGGCUAAUCUGGAUGAGGUACCAAAUUCUUGGGACUCUAUUGUUGAUUGUAUGAGCAGUUUUACCAUGAGUAAUGCUAUUACUAAUGUUGUUCAAAGGUUGGUUUUGGCUGCUACUGUUUACUUCGUAUGGCAGGAGAGAAAUUUUCGAUUGUUCCAGAACAAGACCAGAAAUGUGAAGGACUUAUGUGGUAUUAUUAAGCAUACUGUGAGGGCAAGAUUGAUUGGAUUGAAGAUUAAAAGUACUGCUAAAGCUGCAAAGGUUGCUGAAAUAUGGAAUUUUGAGUUGAAUAAGGGUAUUAAUGAAGACAAUUUUAAAGUUUGUUUGGAUAAUGGGUAA